UCGUCUUCACUUCCUUCCUGCGUUGCCACGGCGAUUCUCCGGGACGAGGAGCCGCAUCGCUCAGCGCCACUGUCGGAGCGCCGAGUCCAGCAGACAAUCCUUCAUUCUGACCUCUUCCGCCCGUCAACUUUCACCCCCUCGCCUCCUGCGUGGGAGCGCGACAAAGAUCAACGGCGUUCCCUGGUCGGCCGCCCCGCUGACGUCACGGCAAGUUGGAUGAACUCCCGUCUUCUCCCCACACCGACUGGCAUCCAUGUUGGCAGUCUGACAACCGGCCGACAACCUCUCGCCUCCUCCUCCAUGCCGACAUGAACGCGGAGGAGUCAGCGCUGUCCCCCGAGGAGGAGGUAGAAGAGAUGAAACUUGAGGAAGCGGAGAGCCAGGAGGUGCGUCAGGGUGAGGAGGAGGAGCAGGAGGACGGAGAGCAACACCUGGAGCUGGCGGUGCCGCAGAAUGUCGAGGCGGCGCAGGAGCCGGUGGAGAAACUGGCAGAAGAGCAACAAAUGAAGGAGAUGCUACAAGUGGAGGAGGAGGACCAGCAAGAAACGGAGGAAGUGCUACUAAUGGGAGCAGAGGAGGUGCAGGAGGAGGAUCCAACUGAGGAGGAGCGUCUGGAAGAGCAAGAAACGGAGGAAGUUCUACUAGUGGGAGAGGAAGCGGUGCAGGAGGAGGAAGAGGUGGAAGAAAAGGAGGUGCAGAAGGAGGAAGAGGUGGAAGAAAAGGAGGUGCAGAAGGAGGAAGAGGUGGAAGAAAAGGAGGUGCAGAAGGAGGAAGAGGUGGAAGAUAAGGAGGUGCAGAAGGAGGAAGACGUGGAAGAAAAGGAGGUGCAGAAGGAGGAAGAGUUGGAAGAAAAGGAGGUGCAGGAGGAGAAAGAGGUGGAAGAAAGGGAUGCGCAGGAGGAGGAAGAGUUGGAAGAAAGGGAGGUGCAGAAGGCGGAAGAGGUGGAAGAAAAGGAGGUGCAGAAUGAGGAAGAGUUGGAAGAAAAGGAUGUGCAGGAGGAGGAAGAGGUGGAAGAAAGGGAGGCGCAGGAGGAAGAAGAGUUGGAAGAAAGGGAGGUGCAGAAAGCGGAAGAGGUGGAAGAAAAGGAGGUGCAGAAGGUGGAAGAGGUGGAAGAAAAGGAGGUGCAGAAGGAGGAAGGGGUGGAAGAAAAGGAGAUGCAGAAGGAGGGCGAGUUGGAAGAAAGGGAGGUGCAGGAGGAGGAAGAGGUGGAAGAAAGGGAGGCGCAGGAGGAAGAAGAGUUGGAAGAAAGGGAGCUGCAGAAAGCGGAAAAGGUGGAAGAAAAGGAGGUGCAGAAGGUGGAAGAGGUAGAAGAAAAGGAGGUGCAGAAGGAGGAAGAGGUGGAAGAAAAGGAGAUGCAGAAGGAGGGAGAGUUGGAAGAAAAGGAGGUGCAGGAGGAGGAAGAGGUGGAAGAAAAGGAGAUGCAGGAGGAGGAAGAGGUGGAUCCAACUGAGGAGGUGCAGAAGGAGGAAGAGCAAGAAAUGGAAGAGGUGCAAAGACACAAUGAGGUGAUAAUAGUGGGAGAGGAGGAGGUGCCGGGGGAGGAAGAGUUGGAAGAAAAAGAGAUGCAGGACGAAGAGGAGAAUCCAACUGAGGAGGUGCAUCUAAAUGGCCAGCAGGGGGAGAAAGAGGAGGUGCUCCAGCUUGAAGCAGAGGAGGAAGUGCAAGAAAUGGAGGAGGUACUAAAUAAGGAAAAGGAGGUGGAGGAGGUGCAGCAAGGAGAAGAGCAACACAUGAAGGAGGUGCUUCAGGAGGAGAAGGAAGAGGAACAGCAGGAGGAGAAGGAAGAGAAAGAGGAGGUGCAUAAGGUGGAGGAACAACACAUGGACCAGGCUCUGCUGAAAAUGCAGCAGGUGAACGCAAAGGAGGCGCAACACGGCUGGGACGAGGAGCGGGAGGAGAUGCAGGACUUUGUGGAUCUUUUGGAUCAGACCCACAACAGUCAAGUUCUGAAUCGUCUUAGAGGAAUGCAGAAAUAUAAACACACAUCACAGAGACUCAAAGUGGUUCUGGACCAGAUGGACCAUGGCGUGGUGGACCUGCAGGAGCUGCGUCGCAACCUGCAGCUGGCGGCCUCCAUGUUGGACGCCGUCUACACGGACGAGACCAAGCGUCUCCUGGACCCCGAGGACGAGCUCAGCGACCUGCAGGCCGAGUCGGUGCCGAGCGAGGUGCGCGAUUGGCUGGCGUGCACCUUCAGCCGGAAGAUGGGCGUGGCCAAGCGUCGCCCGGAAGAAAAACCCCGAUUCCGCAGCAUCGUCCACGCCGUGCAGGCCGGGAUCUUUGUUGAGAGGAUGUACAGACGGACCUCCAACAUGGCCGGACUCUCGUACCCGCCCACGGCUCUGACAGCUCUCAAGGACGUGGAUCAGUGGUCCUUUGACGUGUUCCUUCUGCACGAAGCCACCGGAGACCACGCCCUCAAGUUCCUGGUCUACGAGCUGCUGACCCGCUAUGACCUCAUCAACAGGUUCAGGAUCCCUGUCCCGGCUCUGGUGCAGUUCGUGGAGGCUCUGGAGAACGGCUACAGCAAACACAAGAACCCGUACCACAACCUGGUCCACGCCGCUGACGUCACCCAGACGGCACACUUCCUGAUGUUGCACACCGGACUCAUGCACUGGCUCAGUGAGUUGGAGAUCCUGGCGAUGGUGUUUGCGGCGGCCAUUCACGACUUUGAGCACACGGGAACAACCAACAACUUCCACAUCCACACCCGGUCGGAGGUGGCCAUCUUCUACAACGACAGGUCGGUGCUGGAGAACCACCACGUGAGUGCUGCCUACAGGCUGAUGGCGGAGGAGGACACCAACAUCCUGGUCAACCUCAACAAGGAAGACUGGAGGGAGCUGAGGGCGCUGGUCAUCGAGAUGGUUAUGUCCACGGACAUGUCGUGUCACUUCCAGCAGAUCAAGACCAUGAGGAACACCCUGACACAAUCACACGGUUUGGACAAGGUGAAGGUUUUGUCUCUGAUGCUUCACGCCGCCGACAUCAGUCAUCCCGCUAAAGCGUGGCCGCUGCACUUCCGCUGGACACACAGCCUGAUGGAGGAGUUCUUCAGACAGGGAGACAAAGAAGUGGAGCUCGGACUUCCUUUUUCUCCUCUCUGUGACCGCAAGGCAACCGUAAUCGCACAAUCACAGAUUGGUUUCAUCGACUUCAUCGUGGAGCCCACAUUCAGUGUUCUGGUGGACAUGACGGAGAAGGUGAUCGCUCCUCUGAUCGACGAGGACAGGAAGGGUCGGGAGACCGGAAACAGGCGGUCCAGCCUCACAGGAAGUGGCUCCGUCACCGUGGAGUCCGUCCAACGACACAACAGCGGUCACCAUGGCAGCCGCGACGACGGACAGCUGGACUUCUCGUUGACCGCCAUCGACUUGCCGGCGCUGAGGACGCACCUGUCCGCCGUCAUCGCCGGCAACAAGGAGCGGUGGAAGGAGCUCUCGGUGGACGAGUUGGCCAAUAAGGAGCGAGAGAAGGCGGAGUCUAGGAAGGAGCUGCCGCAGGACCCAGCGGACCUCGAACCCGCGGACCACUCUACGUGGAACGGGGCGGGGCCGGGAGAGGAGCAGGAAGACGACAAAGUGCCUGAAAUUGCCUGACGCCCACUGCGAAGCGUUUGAGAGGGAUGCCGUCGCCAUGGCGACCGACGGCGCAGCGGCCUGGAAGCCUCCAGAACUUUUGUUUACUAGCGACCGCGAAGGCACCACGCGCUUCCUGGCAGCUUCAUGGGCCAAACAUAGAGGGGCGGAGCCUCGGAGCUGACAGGAAGUACCCGAACGAACCCAGACGCUUCUAGCCUUCACGUCCCAGCAUGCAUCAGUGCUGCGGACCACCGCUCUCCUCAUGUGGCUUCUGGUGUUUUUACGCUCAUCGUCGUCAAUAAAGAUCCACCGUCGCCACGGCAACGCCUGGUGGUGUGACGCGUGCAGUAGGUAUUGUGUCGCUUCUGUAAACGUGCAUUAAACGUUCUCAGCUUGUCUCAGUCACGUCUCCCGCAGGUCACUCUCAGAGGUCAAAGGUCACUUCAUUAGGUACACAGCCCCUGCCUUUGCAAAGACUUGACAACACUGAGCAGCCUGCAAAUCAGGUUACUGCCGCCAGAGGGCGCCAGAGGAGCACAAGUAAAUCAAUGUCACAUGUCAUGGCUAAUUGUGUUGUUGUUGUUGUGUACUCAGUGCCACCUUCUUCACGGCCAUCCUCUUAAAUCAUCACCGUGUUGUCCCUGUAGGACAAACUCCCCAAAGUGUCUCACACGCAACCGGAAUUUUCAGCAGAGCGUCGUCUUGGCAGAAAGACGGCCGGGGAUUUGCGUGCGUUCAAGAAAAGACGAGGACAAGCAGAAUACUGAGAACAUUAGGACUGAAUUAGAGAGCAGCACAAGAACAUGGUCAGGUGAGUGGUAUAACCCUGUCGCUGUCGAUGCAGUGCAGAAGCCCAUUCACAGAACGGCCCGUUUAAGAAAUGUCACAAUGAGGAACCUAGCAGGCGCACGGCAUUGAUUAAAAACUGACUUUGAAACGUUGUUGCAAAAUAUAUAUUUUUUGUAUUAAAUUUGUCAAUUGAGACAACGUUGAUGUCUAAACUUGGAUCCACGUUGUUGGGAAAUGACCAAAUUUCAAUGGUCAAAUCAACGUCACAACCUGACAUUGAUUAAACAUCGUCAGAAAGCAUGUUGUUUCAACGUUGUAUUUGUGUUGUAGAAUAUUGGUUGGGAAAUGACCAAAUUUCAAUCGUCGAAUCAACGUCAAAACUUGACAUUGAUUAAAUGUCGUCAAAAAGCAUGUUGUUUCAACGUUGUGUUUGUGUUGUAGAAUAUUGGUUGGGGGCAGCACGGAGGAACAGGGGUUAGUGCGUGUGCCUCACAAUACGAAUGUCCUGGGUUCAAUCCUGGACUCGGGAUCUUUCUGUGUGGAGUUAGCAUGUUCUCCUCGUGACUGCGUUGGUUCCCUCCGGGUACUCCGGCUUCCUCCCACCUCCAAAGACAUGCACCUGGGGAUAGGUUGAUUGGCAACACUAAAUUGGCCCUAGUGUGUGAAUGUGAGUGUGAAUGUUGUCUGUCUAUCUGUGUUGGCCCUGUGAUGAGGUGGCGACUUGUCCAGGGUGUACCCCGCCUUCUGCCCGAAUGCAGCUGAAAUAGGCUCCAGCACCCCUCGAGACCCCAAAUGGGACAAACGGUAGAAAAUGGUUGGAUGGAUAUUGGUUUGGAAUUGACCAAAAUUCAAUGAUCAAAUCAACAUCAGAACCCCACAUUGAAUAAACGUCAUCAAAAAGCAUGUUGUUUCAACGUUGUAUUUGUGUUGUAGAAUAUUGGUUGGGAAAUGGCCCAAUUUCAAUGGUCAAAUCAACGUCAGAACCCAACAUUGAUUAAACGUCAUCAAAAGCAUGUUUCAACGUAUUUGUGUUGUACAAUAUUGGUUGGGAAACGACCAAAUUUCAACGGUCAAAUCAACGUCAGAACCCAACAUUGAUUAAACGUUGUCCAAAAGCAUGUUGUUUCAACGUAUUUGUGUUGUAGAAUAUUGGUUAGGAAAUGACCAAAUUUCAAUGGUCAAAUCAACGUCAGAACCCAACAUUGAUUAAACGUCAUCAAAAAGCAUGUUGUUUCAACAUAUUUUUGUUGUACAAUAUUGGUUGGGAAGCGACCAAAUUUCAACGGUCAAAUCAACGUCACAACCUGACAUUGAAUAAACGUUGUCAAAAAGCAUGUUGUUUCAACGUUGUAUUUGUGUUGUAGAAUAUUGGUUGGGAAAUUACCAAAUUUCAACGGUCAAAUCAACGUCAGAACCCAACAUUGAUUAAACGUCAUCAAAAGCAUGUUUCAACGUAUUUGUGUUGUACAAUAUUGGUUGGGAAACGACCAAAUUUCAACGGUCAAAUCAACGUCAGAACCCAACAUUGAUUAAACGUUGUCCAAAAGCAUGUUGUUUCAACGUAUUUGUGUUGUAGAAUAUUGGUUAGGAAAUGACCAAAUUUCAAUGGUCAAAUCAACGCCAGAACCCAACAUUGAUUAAACGUCAUCAAAAAGCAUGUUGUUUCAACAUAUUUUUGUUGUACAAUAUUGGUUGGGAAGCGACCAAAUUUCAACGGUCAAAUCAACGUCACAACCUGACAUUGAAUAAACGUUGUCAAAAAGCAUGUUGUUUCAACGUUGUAUUUGUGUUGUAGAAUAUUGGUUGGGAAAUUACCAAAAUUCAAUGAUCAAAUCAACGUCACAACCUGACAUUGAUUAAACAUUGUCAAAAAGCAUGUUGUUUCAACGUUAUGUUUGAGUUGUAGAAUAUUGGGUGGGAAACAACCAAAUUUCAAUGGUCAAAUCAACAUUGAUUAAAUUUCGUUAAAAAAUAUGUUGUUUCAAUGUAUUUGUGUAGUAGAAUAUUGGUUGGGAAAUGACCAAAUUUCAAUGGUCAAAUCAACGUCAGAACCCAACAUUGAUUAAACGUUGUCAAAAAGCAUGUUGUUUCAACGUUAUGUUUGAGUUGUAGAAUAUUGGGUGGGAAACAACCAAAUUUCAAUGGUCAAAACAAUGUCAGAACUCAACAUUGAUUAAAGGUCGUUAAAAAAUAUGUUGUUUCAACGUAUUUGUGUUGUGUAGUAGAAUAUUGGUUGGGAAAUUACCAAAUUUCAAUGGUCAAAUCAACGUCACAACCCGACAUUGAAUAAACGUUGUCAAAAAGCAUGUUGUUUCAACGUUGUAUUUGUGUUGUAGAAUAUUGGUUGGGAAAUUACCAAAUUUCAACGGUCAAAUCAACGUCAGAACCCAACAUUGAUUAAACGUCAUCAAAAGCAUGUUUCAACGUAUUUGUGUUGUACAAUAUUGGUUGGGAAACGACCAAAUUUCAACGGUCAAAUCAACGUCAGAACCCAACAUUGAUUAAACGUUGUCCAAAAGCAUGUUGUUUCAACGUAUUUGUGUUGUAGAAUAUUGGUUAGGAAAUGACCAAAUUUCAAUGGUCAAAUCAACGUCAGAACCCAACAUUGAUUAAACGUCAUCAAAAAGCAUGUUGUUUCAACAUAUUUUUGUUGUACAAUAUUGGUUGGGAAGCGACCAAAUUUCAACGGUCAAAUCAACGUCACAACCUGACAUUGAAUAAACGUUGUCAAAAAGCAUGUUGUUUCAACGUUGUAUUUGUGUUGUAGAAUAUUGGUUGGGAAAUUACCAAAAUUCAAUGAUCAAAUCAACGUCACAACCUGACAUUGAUUAAACAUUGUCAAAAAGCAUGUUGUUUCAACGUUAUGUUUGAGUUGUAGAAUAUUGGGUGGGAAACAACCAAAUUUCAAUGGUCAAAUCAACAUUGAUUAAAUUUCGUUAAAAAAUAUGUUGUUUCAAUGUAUUUGUGUAGUAGAAUAUUGGUUGGGAAAUGACCAAAUUUCAAUGGUCAAAUCAACGUCAGAACCCAACAUUGAUUAAACGUUGUCAAAAAGCAUGUUGUUUCAACGUUAUGUUUGAGUUGUAGAAUAUUGGGUGGGAAACAACCAAAUUUCAAUGGUCAAAUCAAUGUCAGAACUCAACAUUGAUUAAAGGUCGUUAAAAAAUAUGUUGUUUCAACGUAUUUGUGUAGUAGAAUACUGGUUGGGAAAUGACCAAAUUUCAAUGGUCAAAUCAACGUCACAACCCGACAUUGAAUAAACGUCAAAAAGCAUGUUGUUUCAACGUUGUAUUUGUGUAGUAGAAUAUUGGUUGGGAAACGACCAAAUUUCAAUGGUCAAAUCAACGUCAGAACCCAACAUUGAUUAAACGUCGUCAAAAAGCAUGUUGUUUCAACGCAUUUGUGUUGUAGAAUAUUGGUUGGAAAACGACCAAAUUUCAAUGGUCAAAUCAACGUCACAACCUGACAUUGACUAAACCUCGUCAGAAAGCAUGUUGUUUCAACGUUAUGUUUGAGUUGCUCAACGUCAGGAACUAAUUCAACAAGUUGUCAGCGUUGUUUCAAUGUCUUGUGGCUGCUGGGAGAGCCCGUGUUUUAUCAAAAACCGAAGCAGAGCAAAACGUGUGAACGUUAAGAAAAAGUUUUCAAAAAGUUGACGGAACUUGUCACAGCUGAUUUGUGACACCUCAUCCUCACCAUGAUGUGCUUUGUGUUUCAUUCACUGUGCAGAAGUCCAUUGACUAAACAGCACAAUUAAGAAGUCACAUUUGCUUAAUGAUCUAGGCUUAUUGUUAAGAAAAAUGACACCCUAUUGGAUAAUAGAAUACUAAAUAACAGAGUUCCAAGAUCAAAAUCUCUCUCUCUUUGCUUUUGCAAACAUAAUUUCCAGCAUUUUCACACACACACACACUCACACACACACACACACACAGGCUGGCAAGUGCAUGCCAAGUCAACAAGUGGCGCUAUAUCUUCCAACAGUAAGGUUAUGUUCCCCAAUAAGAAGCCUGAAGAAAGUCAUUUUCUGGAAAAGACACAAUUAUACUGUAACACUUAAAUAUGACAGUAAGUCAGAUAAAAAGCAAAAUGCAUCGAAAAAUGUUUUUCACAAUAAAAGUU